AUGGCUUCUUGCGGGGCGCUCGAUACCCGCUCUCGCCAGCACUUUGUUAGACGUGAUGGCAUCGUCUUGGGGGACAAGACCACUGCAGCCACCAGCCUGGAUGUCGAUGGCUCCCUCUUCUGGGACGGCAGAGCAACAGUAGCUGCAGAGGGGGUGGUUGGCGUCACCGGCGGCUCACACUGUGACAAGCCGGGACCCAGUCCUGUGUCAGGCGGUCAAGGCGGUGUCCCGUAUGGAGGAAAGGAAUUGGUUCAGCGGGACUAUAGCCCCAAGGCCGCUGAGCUGAACCUGCAGCAGAGCUGCCUACUGUGUGGUUCCAGGGUGGUGAUCCCACACAGCCUCCGGUCCAGGAUCCUGCAGUUGCUGCACGCGGGUCAUUCUGGCGUGGAAAAGACCAAGAAGGUGGCCCGGUCCCACGUUUGGUGGCCUGGCCUGGACCAGGACAUCGUUCAUAUGCUGCAGAGCUGUCAAGUCUGCCAGGAACAUCAGCGGGCCUCACAUCAUGGGGAGAUCACCCACUUGAGAUUCUCACAGAGACCCUGGGCUCGCCUGCAUGUGGAUUUUGGGGGGCCCUUCAAGAGCCAUUACUUCUUAGUGGUGGUGGACGCUUUUUCGAAAUAG